GCUCGCAGGCGCCGCGCCGGGCCGCCGAGACGGGUGCCCGGGAUGAGCCUCACCCGGAAAAGGGGCUUCUACAAGCAGGAGGUCAACAAGACCGCCUGGGAGCUGCCCAAGACCUACGUGUCCCCGACGCACGUCGGCAGCGGGGCCUACGGCGCCGUGUGCUCCGCCAUCGACAAGCGGUCGGGGGAGAAGGUGGCCAUCAAGAAGCUGAGCCGGCCCUUCCAGUCGGAGAUCUUCGCCAAGCGCGCCUGCCGGGAGCUGCAGCUGCUGAAGCACAUGCAGCAUGAGAACGUCAUCGGGCUCCUGGAUGUCUUUACUCCUGCUUCCUCCCUGCGCAACUUCCACGACUUCUACCUGGUGAUGCCCUUCAUGCAGACAGACCUGCAGAAGAUCAUGGGGAUGGAGUUCAGUGAGGAGAAGAUCCAGUAUCUCGUGUAUCAGAUGCUCAAAGGCCUCAAAUACAUCCACUCAGCUGGGGUCGUGCACAGGGACCUGAAGCCGGGCAACCUGGCGGUGAACGAGGACUGCGAACUGAAGAUCCUGGAUUUUGGGCUGGCACGGCCCGCAGAUGCCGAGAUGACCGGCUACGUGGUGACCCGCUGGUACCGGGCCCCCGAGGUGAUCCUGAGCUGGAUGCACUACAACCAGACCGUGGACAUCUGGUCUGUUGGCUGCAUCAUGGCGGAGAUGCUGACGGGGAAAACCCUGUUCAAGGGGAAAGAUUACCUGGACCAGUUGACCCAGAUCCUGAAAGUGACCGGAGUGCCGGGCACAGAGUUUGUGCAGAAGCUGAACGACAAAGCGGCCAAAGCCUACAUCCAGUCCCUGCCACAGAGCCCCAAGAAGGAUUUCACUCAGCUCUUCCCACGGGCCAGUCCCCAGGCCGUAGACCUCCUGGAGAAGAUGCUGGAGCUGGAUGUGGACAAACGCCUGACAGCCGCGCAGGCCCUCGCCCACCCCUUCUUUGACCCCUUCCGGGACCCUGAGGAGGAGACGGAGGCCCAGCAGCCGUUCGAUGAUUCCUUAGAACACGAGAAACUUACAGUGGACGAAUGGAAGCAGCACAUCUACAAGGAGAUCGUGAGCUUCAGCCCCAUUGCCCGGAAGGACUCACGGCGCCGGAGUGGCAUGAAGCUGUAGCGACUUGUGCAGCCCGACCCCCGACUGAGCCCGGGAACUGCCACAUGGCACCACUGGCCAGGCACUGUCCAGGGACCAGUAUUUAUUUGUCAUUACCAAAGUCUCAACCCUUCUCCCAAUACAGCCUUUCGAGCAGAGGACAGAAGGGCCCUUCUCCUUGUGUAGGAGAUGGGCCUAGGAGGCGCAGAAUUCAAAGCUGUUGGUUGGGGGAAAAUUAGCUCUGAUCAUACGGCCCUGUUAGAAUGCCCACCUGGAGAACCGCCCAAGUGUGGGGGUCCUUUCCUUCCUGGCUCUGUGGGGCCGAGAGGGGUGCUGAGCUGGGCCAGGGGUCUGUGGCAGUGAUGGCAUAUUAGUGUACCAGGGCUGCUGUAACAAGUUACCACAAACUGGA